CUUAAGCUAGUUUAUCAGUUCGAAUGCCAAAACUCCUUCCUUAGUUAGUUAGCAAAGACGGAAAGAAGAAUCCGGGGGUAGUCUGCAAGAAACGGCAUGUAGUUUACACCAAGCGUGUUACUUACAGUUUUUGUCGCUCGCCGUUGCUUUGCUCUGCUUCUUCACCGGAAAACUGCUUUUAACGUCCAGCCAACAUCAUGUUCCUGCGCGGAUCUAAAAAGCGACGGUCCAACCGCUCGCAGGAGGAAGAGGAUCCAGACAGAGGCCAACCCUGUAUGCGCUGCGGCGACCAGUGCCCCGGCUUCCGUGUCCAUGGCUGGAGGAAGAUUUGUGUGCACUGCAAGUGUGUACGAGAAGAGCAUGCUGUGCGCCCGGUGCCAGGGCAGCUGGAAAAGAUGAUGACAAAGCUAGUAUCUGACUUCCAGAGACACUCCAUCUCUGAUGACGACUCAGGCUGCGCCUCCGAGGAGUAUGCAUGGGUUCCACCUGGGCUCAAGCCUGAACAGGUUUACCAAUAUUUUAGCUGCUUACCAGAGGACAGGGUGCCUUAUGUGAACAGUCCAGGAGAGAGAUACCGAAUCAAACAGCUGCUGCACCAGCUUCCAGCCCACGACAGUGAGCCCCAGUACUGUAAUUCUCUGGACGAGGAGGAGAAAAAGGAGCUGUGUCUGUUCAGUCAGCAGAGAAAAAGAGAAAACCUGGGCCGGGGUGUUGUAAGACUUUUCCCAGUAACUAUGACUGGAGCAAUCUGCCAGCAGUGUGGCAGACAGAUCUGCGGGGGUGAUAUAGCCGUGUUUGCGAGUCGGGCAGGACACGGCAGCUGUUGGCAUCCUCAAUGUUUCCAGUGUGCCUCCUGCAGCGAACUGCUGGUCGAUCUGAUCUACUUCUACCAGGAUGGACAGAUAUACUGCGGUCGGCACCACGCUGAAAGGCUUAAGCCCCGCUGCCAGGCCUGCGAUGAGAUUAUUCUAGCAGAUGAGUGUACGGAGGCUGAAGGAAGAUAUUGGCACAUGAAGCACUUCUGCUGUUUUGAAUGUGAGGCUGCUCUGGGCGGCCAGCGUUACAUCAUGAGAGAGAGUCGACCGUACUGCUGCUCCUGCUACGAGUCGCUGUACGCAGAGUACUGUGAUACCUGUGGAGAACACAUAGGUAUCGACCAGGGUCAGAUGACAUACGACGGUCAGCACUGGCACGCUGUGGACUCGUGUUUCUGCUGCGCCCGCUGUCAGCUACCUCUCCUGGGGCGUCCCUUCCUCCCUCGCAGGGGCCUUAUUUUCUGUUCCAGGUCCUGCUCUCUGGGAGAAGACCCCAAUAACUCGGAUUCCUGCGACUCUGCUCUGCAGACUAGAUCGCCUCACCAUAACAGACGGUAUGGGACAGCAGAGAAACACCACAAGCUACAGUGUGGUUCUCCACUGCAGCCACUAGAGGGCAUCAACCCCAUUAUGGCUCCUGCAAAAGACUGCAUUCAUACUGCAGUGGAAACCAGAGGUGUCCACUGCACGGCUCCAGUUCAGAAUGGAGUUCCUUUACCCAGUCAUCAUCCUCGUCAAAGAGGCUCGUACUCACCUCUUCCACACAUUCAUUUAGGGAAUGGCUUAGGUCCUUCUUGGCCCAGUGACAUUCCACAUUACAGUUUACUUCCAGGGAACUGUGCUAUCAAACUUCCAGGCAGUAGUCCCCAGCCUGAAGGAGAGCUAAAUGGAAGUACUGGACUAAGUGGUCUUAAUUCAAGAGGAACCUCUACUGAAAUUGACUGUAGGACUUGGGUGGAAAAGACAAAUAAAGUUAUGCAAGCAAAUCCUCCUCAAAAGAACUCUCAUGUGAACAAACUCAUUUCCCCUGACUCGCCUCCUCUUCCUCUGGACAACCCCUCGGUCCUCCCACCUCCCCUGCCCGUGAAGUCUCGUGACUUGUUGCCCCGGGAUUCACCUUCACCAAAACUCCAGCAACCAGAGGACAGACCCUGUGACUCUCCACCCCCGCUGACUCGCAGCAACACAGCCAGAGUCAGCUUCAGAGAGCCAAUCAGCAGCAGCUACUCUAUGGACGAGGAUGAGGAUGAAGAUGAGAAUAAGGAGGGGCUGCAAGAGGGUGAGGAAAACCAGGAGGAUGAAGAUGAGGGGGAGGGAGGUUUCGGAAGCAGGUUACAUCUGAAGAAAGGCGUCCCCCCACACAUGGAUCUGCUGGAUGGAUCCUCGUACCAGCAACGCCAUUUAAGGCGAGGUUGGGGUCGUUCCCGCAUCCCUUCAGACCCUGCUCUACACCAGGGGUCAGAGAGGCGAUCUCGACGCUCGCAAUCCGACAGGCCCAGGUUGGACUCCCUAGACUGGAGAGGCGAGAAAGACAGAGACAGCCGAGGCGGCUCCAGUGGCUCUUCUCUGACUCUCCAUCCGGGACAAUACAAACACGAAGACUGCUGUUCUACCUGCUCUUCAUCCUCAGACUCAGAGGAAGAGGGCUACUUCCUGGGACAGCCCAUUCCUCUACCCCCGCAACUUCGAAAGCAGCCACCCGAGGAGGGCAAAGACGUAGGCGGAGAGGAGGGGAAGGAGGGGCAGAGGGACUUUGGCCUGAGGGGCAGCAUAAGGCGGAGAAGAGCUCACAGCCUGGGUGCAAAGGACAAAGAUAAAAACUGUGCUAUUUCCUAACCACAAACAGCUAACCACGUUAAAAACACAGCAUGUUAUUUUUUUAGAUUAUGGUGCACAAGAAAAAACGAAUGACCAUCAUCAUUCUGAUGUUUAUCGGCUUUGUGACAGCGAUGUAAUGUCAGAUCCAGAUGACAUGUUUAGACUUAUCCAAGGGUGAACCACAGCCAAAGUUCCUGACUUAGCAAAGGGAAGCAAAAUAAACCUGAGAGAAGUCACUGCCUCCCGUUGACGCCUCAUUUUGAGGUGAAUGAGUCAUGCAGGCAGUGAUAAAUGGAGCAAUGUGGAGUCAUUAUUUGUUACACACCUUUGUAAGUUUGCUCAUACUUGUUUGAACUGAACUUUUAAACACUACCAUAACACACAGUAACACAUGUAACCUGGGGCCAGUUUUACAGACAAGCUCUCACUGUUGUUUAGAUGUGCCUAAAUGAUACAGUGUAAAUUAAAGUCGAGCUGAUGUAUAAAGCUGAGGGGCCAUCUCAAACUGCACAGCUAACUGCAGAAAGCGUUUUCUCUUCUGGAAAAAAUGGAAGAUACAAAGGAUGAUUACUUUAAAUACAACACACAAGUCAAGCUCAGGAUGCAACCAUCAACUCGCUGUGUUUUCUGUUUUGAAGAACCCACAAUAUUAGAGUGAGUCCAAGGUUCCCAUAUGAGCAGGCACUUGACAACAGCGAGGAGGAAGAAAUCAUAACCAGGAUCAGGGUGGAGCAGUUGUGUGGUGCAACCAGUUUGAGGUGUAAGAUGAAAGAGAAGAGGAAAAAGAGGGUUGUAGAGAGGUGAAGACCAACAAACAAUAGAAAACACAAACAGAGCGCGGUUAAAAGUUAAUGACAUGCGACAAUGGCUUAUAAACAUGAGGGGAGUGGAGAAGAAAUGGUAAUGCUCAUGUAAAGUCCCUGAGGGAAGUCCUGAUGUAUGGUUCUGGAUUAACCAGUUCAGCUUUAAUUACAAAUGUAGAGAGGGUGUCUGUCUCCUGAGCCCUCUCACUCCUGGAGGCUGCAUCUAAGUUAUAUCCAACUGACUUAAGAGCAAAGUUAAGAUGGGACAAAGACUGCAGACCAGGCAAAAAUAUCUGUUAAACUGGCUCCAGCACAUUUUGUAAAAAGAAUAUAUUUUUAUGUCUGACUUACUGUAACCACUUUCCUGUGCUCUUAUGUGCAAUCUGUAUGUGGCUGUAAAAUACUACAGUUAUACUUACACUGAAUAGCCCAGUAGUUUGGAGGUGACGUUUAAUGACUUCAGCAAACUGUGGUUGUUUCAGACUUUGAAAAUCAAAAGUGUAAUUUGUGUGAGUUUUUGGAGGUCGCUUAUCUUUUUUUUGUAUAGUUCAAAUGAAACGCUGCAAAAUCUGUAAACGUUCUUAAAGUCUAUACUCACUCGUCAUUGGAGUGUCAUUUAUUUUUCUAUGCUUGGUGUAGGUCACUGUUGUUGCUGGUUUUAUUUGGGGCAAAAGCAAAAGUCUGUAACACCCUUGUGUUUCUCUGACUGUAUGCUGCAUAUAUGAGUAAAUUUGUUUAACUUGUUUGCCUAAA